GAACUUCUUUCCGACGACUGAACACAACCAGGCCGGCGUGUCGUGAUAAAAAAAAAGAAGCCAAGCCGAAACCCACCCAAAUACGACAAGACACGCCAAGUCUCGUUUUUCAAGGCGCAAAACAAUACGCCGGGAGUAGUCCUUUCCCGAAUCAUAGUUUCCCUUGAUUCCGCUUUACAAAGUUCACAAUGGCUCACCGAAUAAUAACACAAGCCAUCAUCACCGGCGGCCGCGUCUUCGGCCGGGCCUUUGGCGAAGCGUACCGACACGCGCAGCAGUCCUCGGCGUACCAGCGCGCGCAGGCCAAAGCCGGCGGCACCGCGGCUGGCAUGGGCGGCGCGGGCAGCAUGACGACGCAGGAGGCGUGCCAGAUCCUCAAUGUCAAAGAGCCGAGCCCGACCCCCGAGGACCUCGAGGAGGUCCACUCACGCUUCAAGAGGCUGUUUGACGCCAACGAUCCCGAGAAGGGCGGGUCCUUUUACCUGCAGAGCAAGAUCCUGAGGGCGAGGGAGAGGCUCGAGGCAGACCUCCGGCCCAAGAUGGAGCAGGCCGAGUUGGAUGCUGAGGUGCAGGCCGGGUGGAAGCCGAAUCUAUACAAGGACAAGCCCAAGGAGCCGCCGAAGCUGUAAGGCUCUCCUGGUGGGGGCUUUAUGGGACUUGUCGCUGCCAACACGUACCUUUCGACAUCGUGAGGGUUGGAUGUUGUUGCAACAUCGAGGGCCGUUUCGACAUGGCGUCGUCGACAAAUGGUGCUAACUGAAGCCUUGACAACAUUCAGACCUUGAAGUCUUGGGCUUCGAUACUACGGCGGGGCACCUACACUAGACGAACUGAUGAAGCGUUUACUCAACCCUGCUUCAUCACAUGUCGCUGUUUUAACAUUGUCACACUCCACUUAUCCGCAUGGCCUGGCGUUUUGAAAGUUGGCUUAGUUUUCGCCUGGGGUCUAGAACAAAGGGGCGGAAAGGCGUGUCCUGAGAGAUGGUGGGAUCACGUUUUGGAGAGAAGAUGAGCUAAUGAUCUUGUAGAAUAAACCACCUUACCUAUGUACAACAAAAUAUAUGAACAUACCAC